AGGACAAACUGCCGAGCACUUUGCCCCGGAAUGAGAAUUGGGGGUGCGUGGGUGGGGAGGCACUUCAGGAGGGAAAGGCGAAAGGGAAGGACCAGAGAGAGGAAGGAAGACUCAGGAAGGAACGGAAGGGAACUCAGAGCUGAGAGGAGGGGGGUUAAGACUAGGGAUGCGGACUGGGCUCGGGGCCGCGUGGCCCACGCGGGCACUGGCCGGUGGACGGCAGGGCUGGUCCUGAAGUUGAGUUUGAGAGGCGACACGGCGGCGGCGGCCGCGCUGCUCCCGCUCCUCUGCCUCCCCAUGGAUAUGCACUGCAAAGCAGACCCCUUCUCCGCGAUGCACCCAGGGCACGGGGGUGUGAACCAGCUCGGGGGGGUGUUUGUGAACGGCCGGCCCCUGCCCGACGUGGUGAGGCAGCGCAUCGUGGAGCUGGCCCACCAGGGGGUGCGGCCUUGCGACAUAUCCCGGCAGCUGCGGGUCAGCCACGGCUGUGUCAGCAAAAUCCUGGGCAGGUACUAUGAGACCGGCAGCAUCAAGCCCGGAGUGAUUGGAGGUUCCAAGCCCAAAGUGGCGACGCCCAAAGUGGUGGACAAGAUUGCUGAAUACAAGCGACAGAACCCCACCAUGUUCGCCUGGGAGAUCCGAGACCGGCUCCUGGCUGAGGGCAUCUGCGACAAUGACACCGUGCCCAGCGUCUCUUCCAUCAACAGGAUCAUCAGGACCAAAGUUCAGCAACCUUUCCACCCAACGCCGGAUGGGGCUGGGACAGGAGUGACUGCCCCCGGCCACACCAUUGUUCCCAGUACGGCUUCCCCUCCUGUUUCCAGCGCCUCCAAUGAUCCAGUGGGAUCCUACUCCAUCAAUGGGAUCCUGGGGAUCCCUCGCUCCAAUGGUGAGAAGAGGAAACGUGAUGAAGUCGAGGUAUACACUGAUCCUGCCCACAUUAGAGGAGGUGGAGGUUUGCAUCUGGUCUGGACUUUAAGAGAUGUGUCCGAGGGCUCGGUCCCCAAUGGAGACUCCCAGAGUGGCGUGGACAGUUUGCGGAAGCACUUGCGAGCGGACACCUUCACCCAGCAGCAGCUGGAAGCUUUGGAUCGGGUCUUUGAGCGUCCUUCCUACCCUGACGUCUUCCAGGCAUCAGAGCACAUCAAAUCAGAACAGGGGAACGAGUACUCCCUCCCAGCCCUGACCCCCGGGCUUGAUGAAGUCAAGUCGAGUCUAUCUGCAUCCGCCAACCCCGAGCUGGGCAGCAACGUGUCAGGCACGCAGACAUACCCUGUUGUGACCGGUCGUGACAUGGCGAGCACCACUCUGCCUGGUUACCCCCCUCACGUGCCCCCCACUGGCCAGGGAAGCUACCCCACCUCCACCCUGGCAGGAAUGGUGCCUGGGAGCGAGUUCUCCGGCAACCCGUACAGCCACCCCCAGUACACGGCCUACAACGAGGCUUGGAGAUUCAGCAACCCCGCCUUACUAAUGCCGCCCCCCGGGGCUCCGCCCCUGCCGCUGCUGCCGCUGCCUAUGACCGCCACUAGUUACCGCGGGGACCACAUCAAGCUUCAGGCCGACAGCUUCGGCCUCCACAUCGUCCCCGUCUGACCGCCCACCCCGGAGGGAGGGAGCACCGACGCCACGCGAUGCCUCCCGGCCACCGCCCCAGCCCCACCCCCAUCCCAGGAAUCCUGCAGCCCUUCACACCACCCCGUCCAAGGCCGGACAGGACGGGUGGAGCCGCGGGCGGGACCCUCAGGCCCGGGCCCACCGCCCCCAACCCCGCCCGCCGCCCUUCCCCGCCUGCCUGGACUGCGCGGCGUCGAGAGGAGGGCGCCCCCCAGCUCGCUCCGG